AUGGCUCUCACCGUUGAGUUGACCACUCCCGUUACUGGUGCUUACCAGCAACCCAUUGGCCUCUUCAUCGGUGGCAAGUGGGUUGAGGGUGUCGACAAGCAAAAGUUCGAGGUUAUCAACCCCUCUACUGAGGAGGUCAUCACCUCCGUCUGCGAAGGUACCGAGAAGGAUAUCGACCUGGCUGUCAGUGCUGCCCGCAAGGCCUUCGAGGGCGAGUGGUCAAAGGUCACCCCUCAAGGCCGAGGCAACCUUCUCCUGAAGCUUGCCGAUAUUGCUGAGAAGAACCUCGACCUCCUCGCUGCUGUUGAGUCUCUCGACAACGGAAAGUCUAUCACCAACGCCCGUGGCGAUGUUGGCGCCGUUGUUGGCUGCCUCCGAUACUACGGUGGUUGGGCCGACAAGAUCGAGGGCAAGACCAUCGACAUUGCCCCCGAGAUGUUCCACUACACCCGAUCCGAGCCCAUUGGUGUCUGUGGUCAGAUUAUCCCCUGGAACUUCCCUCUUCUCAUGCUGGCAUGGAAGAUUGGCCCUGCCUUGGCCACCGGUAACACUCUUGUCAUGAAGACUGCUGAGCAGACUCCUCUUUCCGCUCUUGUUUUCACCCAGUUCAUUGAGGAGGCUGGUUUCCCUGCCGGUGUCUUCAACCUGGUUUCCGGUUUCGGCAAGACUGCCGGUGCCGCUCUCUCCGCCCACAUGGACGUUGACAAGAUUGCUUUCACUGGAUCUACCGUCAUUGGCCGACAGAUCAUGAAGGCUGCUGCCUCUUCCAACCUCAAGAAGGUUACUCUCGAGCUUGGUGGCAAGUCCCCCAACAUCGUCUUCGACGACGCCGACAUUGAGGAGGCUAUCAACUGGGUCAACUUCGGUAUCUACUACAACCACGGCCAGUGCUGCUGUGCUGGUACUCGUAUCUUUGUCCAGGAGGGUAUCUACGACAAGUUCCUCGAGGCCUUCAAGAAGCGAGCUCAGGAGAACAAGGUUGGUGACCCCUUCGACGAGGAGACCUUCCAGGGUCCUCAGGUCUCUCAGCUCCAGUACGACCGCAUUAUGGGCUACAUCAAGGCCGGUAAGGACGAGGGUGCCACCGUCGAGACCGGUGGUGAGCGCCUAGGAAACAAGGGUUACUUCAUCCAGCCCACUAUCUUCUCCAACGUCCGCGCCGACAUGAAGAUCAUGCAGGAGGAGAUUUUCGGCCCUGUCUGCGCUAUUUCCAAGUUCAAGGACGAGCAGGAGGUUCUGGACCUCGCUCACGACACCGCUUACGGUCUUGCUGCCGCCGUUCACACCAAGAACCUCAACACCGCCAUCCGUGUUUCAAACAGUCUGAAGGCCGGUACAGUCUGGGUUAACUGUUAUAAUAUGCUUCAUCAUCAGUUGCCAUUCGGUGGAUACAAGCAAAGCGGAAUUGGACGAGAAUUGGGCGAGGCAGCCCUGGCGAACUAUACCCAGAACAAAUCUGUCGCCAUCAAGCUUUACUAA